AUGAGAUAUUAUCUUGCAGAUGGUAUAUAUUCUUCGUGGGCAACAUUAGUGCAAACAAUUCCUGCUCUACAUGGAAAUAAGAAAAAACACUUUGUUGCUUGCCAAGAGUCUACAAGAAAAGAUGUGGAGCGUGCAUUCGGAGUACUACAAGGUAGAUUUGCAAUUGUGUGUGGACUUGUUAAGUAUUUUGAACCUGAAAUUCUAAAAGAUAUUAUGUACGCAUACAUUAUUCUACAUAAUAUGAUUGUUGAAGAUGAGCAGCAUCUAUAUCUCAAGGCUGAGCAGUUCAUUAACGAACAAACGAAAGAUACUCCAAACAAGCCAAUUUCACGCAAUAAUAUACCUGAUUUCGUGGAGUUCAUUGCGCAACAUCAUCGAAUUAGAGAUAGAGACACUCAUAGCCAACUCCAGGCUGACCUUAUCGAGCAUUUAUGGAAUACUCAUGGCCGCACAUAA